AUGGUACAAGGAUUUCAAUCAUCAUUGGUCAUUGGCAGUGGUAAGCGAUUCAUGUGCACAGUGAACACACCAACGACGGUUGGUACAAAAGAGUUUAAGAUCAAGACAUUUUCAUUUGGUCAGUUGGGUGUCAACCAACAUGUGACAUUCCAACCCGCCAAGUUUGACGAGCACACAUCGUCUAUCGUGGUUGGACACGCUGUUGAAAGCAAGCCAUUCGAGGCACCAACCCUAUUGCGCACUUCAUACUCUCACACGCUCGCCGACAAGACCGUGCAAGAGAUCAUCAAGUUGCGUCCAACCAUGUCACAAAAGCAAUUGGCAGACAAGUUCCAAACCACCAAGCAGGUGAUUGCCCGUGUCUGUCGUGCACCAGAGGACCAGCUCCAAAAGCGUAUCGACACGUUCCAAGUCAAAAAGACGCGUGUCGUCGAACCAGCCGACGUCAAGAAACAACGUUACGACUCGUGGGUCGACAAGAUGAAGCAGAGAGAAUACGACAACAAGGUUAUCAGCAAGGCCAAGGGCCACGAAGACCAAAUAUACUUUAGAGCAUCCAAGCACGAAUUGGCAUUCCUCGCCAACCAAGAUACAUACGAUGCAAUGGUUAGCGGCUACGAUCUAGUCCGUCCAGACCAAAAGGAAGACACUGAAAAGAAGGACAAGAAACCAGUCGUCAAACAAGUUGGUCGUAAACGUCGUCACGUCACUGAAAAGGAAAAAUUAAAGGUCAACAAGGCAAAGAGUGCAAAGAUGAGAUUACUUGGAAGAAUGGAAGAUGCUUAA